UAACUUAUUUCCCCAGUUAAAUACUCAGUUUAAAGGUACGAUCUUUCUAUUCAUGUGUAGAUCUUUUUAGUUUCGAUUGAAAAGUCUUGGAAUUUUACAUUCUAUGGUCUUCAGUUCACAAUUAUGAAUCGGGUGCAAAAAUUGAUGAUCUGUUCUUCUUUAUUCUGAAUCUUGGAGUUCGUAAGAGGAUAUAAGUAGGGUAAGAAAUGUUAGAGCAGUUACUGAUAUUUACCCGAGGGGGAUUGAUCCUCUGGACAUGUAAAGAGCUCGGAAAUGCUCUUAGAGGAUCACCCAUUGAUACCUUGAUCCGGUCCUGCCUUUUGGAGGAACGAUCUGCUGCUGCUUCCUACAACUAUGAUGUUCCUGGUGCAUCAUAUACUCUCAAAUGGACGUUCCACAAUGAGCUUGGCCUCGUGUUUGUUGCCGUGUAUCAAAAGAUUCUCCAUCUUUUAUACGUGGAUGAUCUUCUUGCUAUGGUGAAGCGCGAGUUUUCUGAAAUCUAUGAUCCUAAACGGAUGGUGUAUGAUGAUUUUGAUGAGACAUUUAGGCAGCUCAGAAAGGAGGCCGAGGCUCGGGCUGAGGUUAUCAAGAAAUCAAAGCAGGUGAUGUGUAAGCCGGUUACCAGUUUGGGGAAGAAGCAAGGCCAAAUGCAACAAUCUGGGUUUGAAGGCGGCAAUAAAAAAAAGAGCGGUGGUGGUGGCGGAGAAUCAGGUAAGGAUGGUGAUGCAGAUGGUGAUAAUGUAAAAACUGGUAUAUUAGAUAAUGGGAAUUCCAAUGGGGAGGUAGCUAGUAAGGGUAGGGUUAAUGGCAAAGAAAACGGUAAUGCCAAUACUAAUGGCGGUGCUUUUGAUGUAAAUAAGCUACAGAAGCUCCGCUCUAAAGGUGCAAAGAAAGCCAAUCCUGUUAGCAAGGUUUCCAAAGAGGAACCUAAGAAAAAACCGGUAAAAAAGAAUAGAGUUUGGGAUGAGAAACCCCCAGAAGCCAAAUUGGAUUUCACGGAUCCUGUGAGUGAGAAUGGCGAUGGUAACAUGGCUGUUGCACAAGUUGUUGAAGGGGAGAGUAUGAUGGACAAAGAUGAGAUUUUCAGCAGUGACAGUGAAUCUGAAGAGGAUGAUGAAACAGAGAUGGAUACGAAGGUAGAUUCAAAGAAGAAAGGAUGGUUUACAUCCAUGUUCCAAAGUAUUGCUGGGAAGGCAAAUUUGGAGAAGGCAGAUCUUGAACCAGCUUUGAAGGCUCUAAAAGACAGGCUUAUGACUAAGAAUGUGGCUGAAGAGAUUGCAGAGAAACUUUGCGAGUCUGUAGCAGUUAGCCUUGAGGGCAAAAAGCUCGGUUCCUUUACUAGGAUAUCAUCGACGGUGCAGGCUGCAAUGGAAGAAGCUCUUGUUCGUAUUUUGACUCCGAGGCGCUCUAUUGACAUUUUGAGGGAUGUUCAUGUUGCCAAAGAACAGCACAAACCAUAUGUUGUGGUUUUUGUGGGAGUUAAUGGAGUUGGAAAGUCUACUAAUCUUGCCAAGGUGGCUUACUGGCUUCAGCAGCAUGAUAUUAAUGUCAUGAUGGCUGCAUGUGAUACAUUCCGUUCAGGAGCAGUGGAGCAGCUGCGUACUCAUGCUCGGAGGCUCCAGAUCCCUAUAUUUGAAAAGGGUUACGAGAAAGAUCCUGCAAUUGUUGCUAAGGAAGCAAUUCAGGAGGCUGCCCGAAAUGGAUCAGACGUUGUUCUUGUUGAUACAGCUGGUCGAAUGCAGGACAAUGAACCUUUGAUGCGUGCACUCUCCAAGCUUAUAUACGUCAACAGUCCAGACCUUGUACUUUUUGUCGGGGAGGCACUGGUUGGGAACGAUGCAGUGGAUCAACUAUCAAAGUUCAAUCAGAAAUUAGCAGACCUGUCACCCUCAGCGAGCCCCAGGUUGAUUGAUGGGAUCUUACUAACCAAGUUUGACACCAUAGAUGAUAAGGUUGGAGCUGCACUUUCUAUGGUUUACAUAUCGGGAUCACCUGUGAUGUUUGUGGGGUGUGGUCAGUCUUACACGGACUUGAAGAAGCUGAAUGUCAAGUCGAUUGUGAAGACACUGCUUAAAUGAGUACUGUGCACAUGUUUCGGUUUAUUUUCUGGAUCUGUAUCUGUCAUCAUACUCUUCGGGUUUGCUUCUGUUUGGCUGUGUUAAACAUUUUUGUGAUG